AUGGAAGGUCAAGAUUUAGAAGAUUCAAUGGACGAGAGCGUGAUGGAUAAAUCCACGGAUACAUCUCAAACGCAACAAGCAUCUGGACAACCAAAAUUGUAUAAUCGAUGGACUGUAAAAGGUUAUUCCCAAGAAAAAAAUAAACAUAGUUUACCCGAUGGAUGGUGUGAAGUAUUUCAUACUAGUGGAUUUCCAAUAUAUUUCCAUAAGCAAACUCGUGUUGUAACAUUAUCACGUCCAUAUUUUCUUGGCUCCGUCAGUGUUCGUCAUCAUUUAAUUCCAGUUGCAUCUAUCCCUUGCCUUUAUUUGAAACAAUUACAAGAAGAACAAACUGGUUCAGAAGAAUCAUCAACAGCCAAUGAUGAAUCAAAAUGCCCAUUUAAAAAUGAACAACAAGAAAAUUCUUCAAAUUCAGUAUCCGAUAGAAAACGAAAACGUAGUGAAGAAGAUGUUGAAGAAGGUGAAAUAUCUUCUCCUCGUGCUUCAACCGGCGCAAAUCUUGAAGAAUCUUCACCAUCUGAACAAACAACCGUUGAAUCUACAAAUAAUAUACCACCUGACACAAUAGUAAAACGUUCAACAAAACCACAACCAUUACCUGUAUCAUUACAAAUUCUAUCUAAUUCAACGCUAGAUGAUACACUCCGCUAUAGAACAUUAACAUCGGAUGAAUUUCGUUCUUAUUGUCAACGUCGAUUAGCAUUUGAGCCAGGUGAAUUCAAAUUUUUUCCAUCGCUCAGUGAUAAAUGGAAAUAUAUUCGUCAAGCACAAAUGAAACGUCGUGAAAUGAAUAUACCAGCUAAUACACAAGUACUUGAACUUCAACCUCUAUCAUCAUCAUCAUCAACAACAAACGAUCAAUCUGUUAUCGUUGCAACUACUAUCAAACCAGCAAAACCACCUGUUAAACCAUUAAUAAAAUCAGCAUCGGAAUCAUCAAAUUUAAAUAAUAAAAAAGUUACUAUUGAUUUAUAUCCAAGUAAAAGUCCUAUUGCAUUGCUACAAGAAUAUGCACUUAAACGUUUGCAACUUUCUGUUCGUUACGAUUGGUUUACAACAGAUGUAUCUAAUUCACCCUUUGGCUGUCGUGUACUUGUCGGUAAUAAUAUUUAUGGUACAGGUAUUGGUCGCAAUAAGCGUACAGCUAAAUUAAAUGCCACAGAAGAAUCACUAGUUAUUCUUGUACCGCAAUAUAAAAAAUUACAAGAACAACAACAGCAGCAACAGCAACAACAACAAGCAAUAAAUAGAGAUAUUCUCAUUGCCGAUGGAUCUAUGGAUGAAGAAGGCUGUAUUGAUGAUGAAGAGCCACCUUCAAGUGUACAUAAUAAUAAUCAUAAUAAUAAUAAUAAUAAUAAUAAUAAUAACACUAAUAAUAAUAAUGAUUCAAAUGAACAAGAACCAGUUACUAGUACAUUGCUUGAUGAGUAUGGUAUAUCCGAUGCAAAUGUUUAUGAUGUUUGUGUUUCCCUUGGAAAACCAACGCCAUAUCAAAUGCUUGAAAAAAGUUUAACAUAUAAUGUAUUAAGUCGCAGUGAAUGCGACAUAAAAGAAAUCAUGACAAAGAAACCAAUGUUUACACAUAUAACAUUAGAAAUAGGUAACGAACAUCGAGAAGAAGCACAAGCAAAAGAUAAAGCUCAUGCAAAAAAUUUAGCUGCACAAAAACUAUUAAAAAAACUUCAUCCACAUUUGCAUACGUAUGGAUCGUUAAUUCGAUUAUACGAAAAAAAUGCUGACACCUAUAAACGUGUUCGUGUUGAUGAUGAAUUGGCUGAUAUAGUACGAUGUGCUAAAAAAAACGAGCCAAAUCAUGCGUUAUUGGCUAAACUUCGUGAAGAGAUGUUAAAAUUAAAAGCUAGUAAAACGCCAUCUUCAUUCAAUCAAUAUGCGAUGCACAUUGUUGAUGUUAAUGAUGAUUUACUUGGACGUUCAUCAGCAACAUAG